ACACAGAAGUUUGCGAAUAGUUGAGUUGAUCAAUAACCAAUCAAAUCUGAGCGUCUGCUGACGGUCGGUCAGUCGUCUCAGUCUGUUGUGUCUUCUUCAGUGUUUCUUUAGCUGCAGGAUGAAGGUGUGUGUCCUCCUGUUGUGUGUGUGUUGUCUCUGCUGGAGGACAGAGGCUCAGCCCAGAUCGUAUCUGAUAACAGCUCCUCUCUCAAUGCGUUUGGAUGCGUUGGAGACAGUGCUGCUACAGUUGUUUGGGUUUUCAGAGGAGAAGACGGUCUACGUGUUUUUAAAGACCUCCAUGGCUCCGGAUCAUGUAGUUCUAGCUCAAGAGGUCGUAACCCUCAACACUCAGAACCACCAUCAGGCGGCUGCAAAAGUCCGGCUGUACCCAGGUCAACUGGAUAAGAGUGUGACACACGUGAUCCUCCACGUCCAAUCAACAGAGAUCAACCAGCACGUCUUGGUCCCUGUCAGCCGCUCCAACGGCUUCAUGUUCAUCCAAACGGACAAACCGCUGUACACCCCACAUCAGCGUGUCAAAGUUCGGGUAUUCUCCCUGAACCAGGAGCUGAGACCGGCCAAUCGCAGCGUCUUCCUGACCUUUAAGGACCCGGAUCACACCACAGUGGAUAUUGUGGAGAUGUUUGAUUUAAAUAAUGGAAUCCCAUCUAUGCAAAACCCCUUCAAGAUCCCCAUCAAACCAAAGUUGGGGAUCUGGUCCAUUGAAGCUUCCUACUCAGAUGACUUCACCACAACAGCGAGAACAGACUUUGAAGUUAAAGAAUAUGUUCUUCCAAGUUUCUCCAUCCUCCUGGAGCCUGAAGCAAAUUACAUCAGCUAUGGACACUUCAACAGAUUCCAAUUUAAGGUCUCAGCCAGGUAUCUGCACGGUGCUCCGGUGGCCGAUGGGGAGGUGUUUCUGCGGUACGGCUAUGUUAGCGGGAAGAGUCCUCCAGUUAUCAUCCCCAACUCUGUCACCAGAGAGAGCGUAAGAGACAAACAAAAUGAUUCUACCAGCUUUAAUGAAUGUGUCCAGUACGACUGAAGGACAACAGCACCAGAGUAUGAGUGUUUAACAAUGACUCGUCAUUAGGUGAAGAUGAGGAGUUCUCAGGACGUGAGUACAGG